AUGACACGAUGGAAUUUGAUAUCAGCACUAUUAAAAUAUUUUCAACAGGAUCCACGAUUUGGUUUAUCAGCUUAUUUUAUACUGCCGUUACAUUCACAAUUGCCUCGUCGAGCUGGACGUGUUUCUUCGAGUUGCUGUUUUUAUCUAUGUUCUAAAGCACGUUAUAAAAAACUGGAUAAUUAUUUGACACCAGAAAUAUUUCAAACACCGGUGCAUGAAUUAGCUAUGGCUAUUAAACUUUUACGCCUGGGAGGUAUUAAAGAAUUUUUGAUGAAAGCAAUCGAACAAGCGCUCAUGGAUGCAGUAGCAGAAUCAGAAGUUGCAUUAAAAAGUCAAACAUUUGAUGUCAGAGAAUAUUAUCUCGAAGAUAUUAUACAAUUUCUAAAUUCGCAAUCAUAUUUCAUAUUUAUUUGUCAAAAAAAGAAAAAAAAUCGAAAUAAAAAUAUACAGGACGACGAUGAUAAUAUCGAUCAUGGAAAUUCCCAGGACGAUGAUGGAGUGAAAGUGAACGGCAAUGCUAUCUGUGGUAGUGAAUAUGCACUAUCAACUCAACUCAUGCCUUAA